AUGACUGAUUUACCCGACGAGAGGUGUUCGGUGUGUUUUCACUCGAUUGAGGCGCACGCGUUGCCCAUUUCCCCACAAGACAAAAUUACACCACAAAUCUUACCCGUGGACGACUACCGACAAAAAGUGUCUCAGGAGUUGUUGUCCACUGAGAGGACAUACGUCAAAAUGCUGAAGACAUGUUUGCGAGUGUAUGCGGACCCAUUACAAACAGCGAAUCCCCCGAUCUUCCCACCGACGUUAUACAAAGCCAUUUUUCUCUUUUUCAGAGACAUCGUCAGCGUCAACGAAGUCUUCCUCCAAAGCUUAGAAGAGCUUGAUAAGAAACACCAACUUGUCGUUGGGCUUUCGUCGUGUUUUCUCGGGACUUUGCCGUACCUCCGCGUCUACCGCAUGUUUGUUGGGAACAACACGACGGGGCUCCAAGCCGUCGAUGAGGUCGAACACAUGAAGAACUGCGAGAAGUUUUUAAAAGAGUGUGCGCGCAAGAACACUACAAGUGAUGAACAGAUUCAACCGUUGCGGAGUUACUUGAUCUUACCGAUCCAACGCGUCCCAAGGUACUCUUUACUCCUCUCGGACUUCUUAAAACACACGAAAAAGGAAGAUCCCUUUUUGGACGAGAUCAGUUCACUUGUUGGAUCUGUUAAAGCACUUGCGAAGGACAUCAACGACGAAGUCAAGUUGCAGACGAACAGACGGAAACUGAUCUCAAUCAAGAAGAGGUUCUGCGAGGGCCCAUACUUCUUGGAACUUGUCGAGGCGCACCGCUACUUGAUCCGAGAAGGCGAGUUGAAAAAGCUUGGGAAGAGUCAGGCGAAGAAGAGGUACUUCUUCCUCUUCAGCGACUUGUUAGUGUACGGCCGCAUGCAAAUGGGACUGUUUUACCCGAAUCGAUACCUCAAGUUAGCUGCAGUGCGAGUGGAGGACGGCGUCGAGACCAAUUUGUUUAACAUCUUCUCGCCAUAUGAAAGCUUUGUGGUUGUGUGCCAAGACGAGGAAAGUAAGAACAUGUGGGAGAACGACGUGAAGAUAGCCGCGGCUAAAGAAAAGGACAAAAAGUUCUCAAACACCGUGGAUGCAGUAGGGUUUGACGCUCCACUGUAUCAACCAUAUCAACAAGCGGAUGAGUGUUAUAUAUGUAAGAGAAGGUUUGGACUCUUCUGGACGAAGUAUCACUGUCAACGGUGCGGGUUUAUUGUGUGUUAUAGGUGUUCGACUAAAAGAAAGAUCAUUCCGCCAAGACCAAUGCUACAACGAGUGUGCGAUGUAUGUGCGGUAUCAGCUGAUAAUAACGUCGAGGUGUUUAAAGGCCUGAGAAAACAAAGUAAAAUGGAGAGAAGAAGAAUGACAAUGGCAUUGUUAGAGUAA